GAGACUCAGCUUGGUCCUGUAGUAGCAGCAAUUAGUAAAAACAAAAGUAUUAAAAAUUAAAUAUUGGUCGCAACCUUAAUAAUAUUAAGAGCAAGCACGUCUACCAUGUAAUGGAGUCUGUUGUACAAAUGAUUCAGGAAUGUGCUACUAGGGUUAGCAUGUAACGAGAACAUCUCAGAAGUUGAUCUAGACCUAAGUAGUAACCAGUUAAGUGCAACAGGAGCACAAAUAUUGGAGUCCUGUAUCCAUGGGGUCCGAUGUUUGUCAGCAUUAGACAUCUCUGAUAAUGGAUUAGAGACUCAGCUUGGUCCUGUAGUAGCAGCAAUUAGUAAAAACAAAAGUAUUAAAAAAUUAAAUAUUGGUCGCAACCUUAAUAAUAUUAAGAGCAAGCACGUCUACCAUGUAAUGGAGUCUGUUGUACAAAUGAUUCAGGAAGAAGAUUGUGUUUUAGAAUCCCUCUCCAUAAAUGACUCCAGACUUAAAACAGACCUGCACAACCUCCUCAAUGCUCUAGGCAGUAAUCACUGCCUUCAGAGUCUAGAUAUUAGUGGCAAUUACAUGGGUGACAGUGGUGCACGACUUCUUGCUAAAGCUCUUCAGAUAAACUCAAAACUACAGUAUAUAAGCUAUGAUAGAAAUAAUGUAACAUUACAAGGUUAUAGUGAUAUUGCCUAUGCAUUACAAAGCAAUUACUGCGUAAAGUUUAUGCCAUUUCCUGUACAUGAUGCUAUGCUGUGUAUGAAGACAGCACCAGAGCGAACAGAGAAUAUAAUGCGCAGAAUUCAAGACACGCUGUAUAGAAACGUAUCUCCAAUGAAAUAUUCAAAUGGACAGGCAUUUAGAUUACAACAGGGCUUUUUGUUAAGUUCAACACAGCAGCAAGUGGAUCGCUUGGUGCUACAGACUGGUGAAGUUGUUCGAACUUUGCGUCGGUCUGGGAGUGACUUUGGUGGCUCCAACUCCCUACAGUGGGCCGAGGGACUUAUCACAGAUGCUGACAGCUCUAAACAGGUAAGUCUGAAGAGUUUUUUCUUAUCUGGUUUACCUUAUAAUUUUGUGGAAGUCAUUCUGAUUUACAAGUUAUAAAAAAAAUUAACUUUA